AUGUUCUCUGGCUACACACAACUCUCCAUCCGGAUCCUUACGUCUUUGCCUCUCCCAUGUUCCCCAUCGGUUCCCCUCGUUGCUACUGUUAACUUACCCACCCCACCACCAUACACUCGCCAGCCCACGGAAACCGGCCUGACGCCUUGCCUUUAUUGUCAACCGUCGAGGCAGAACCGGUGCCUCGCCCACCCAGCAACCACCACCUGCAACCAGCAGCGCGAACGCUUGCCAGUUCUCGUCAUUCUUCGACGGGAUCUCGGCCUGCCUCCGGUCUCCACCACGCUUCCGCGACGCAGUUCCAGGAAGCGGAAGCCCUCGUCCGACCAUUCCGCCAGCACCGGCGUGAACCCUCCCCCGCGCAAGAAAGUCGACGUGAGCGGUGCUCAGCGCUUGAAGAAGGCCGCGUUGCCUGCGACUCCUACGACGCUGGGUUCGACUGCCAUGGACUCGGAUGACGAGUUCAGCGGCCAUUCCAGUAUGGAGGGCUUUGAGGAGGACGCUUUCGAUAGCGAUAUGAGCGACGAACUUGUAUCCGACAUGGAGGUGGACGCGGACGCAGGCUUCGAUUCACAGGAUAAGAUCAUCAAACCGGGACGGAAGGCUUAUGAAGUGGACUACCGGGUCUACAGCCCCGCCGAGAUACGCGCGUACCAGAACGACCAGAUCAACGACGUCUCCCGCAUCCUCGAGCAGCCACCAGAAGCGACGGCGAUCCUCCUGCGCCAUGCGCGCUGGAGCAAGGAGCGGCUGAUCGAAUCGUACAUGGACAACCAGGAGCAGGUGCUGGAGGAGUCGGGCCUCGGCGAGGAUUCGGCCGGACCGCCGCGUUUUCAGCAGAUUAAAGGGUUUGUGUGCGAGAUCUGCUGCGAGGAUGAGGAGGGCAUGGAUACGUUUGCGAUGAAAUGUGGCCAUCGGUUCUGUGCCAACUGCUACAAGCAGUAUCUAGCACAAAAGGUCAAGGAUGAGGGGGAAGCCGCGCAUAUCAAGUGUCCCGGAGAUGGUUGUAACCGGAUAGUUGAUUCAAAGUCGGUCGAUCUCCUCGUGUCGACGGACCUGAAAGAUAGGUAUCAAACGCUCCUAAUCCGAACAUACGUGGAUGACAAGGAGAAUCUCAAGUGGUGCCCGGCUCCGAACUGCGAGUAUGCGAUAGACUGCGGGGUGAAGCCGAGAGAGCUGGCCACCGUCGUUCCCACCGUCCGUUGCAAGUGCAGCCAUGACUGGUGUUUUGGUUGCACGCUGAACGACCACCAACCGGCGCCAUGCCGGCUGGUGCGGAAAUGGUUGAAGAAAUGCGAGGAUGACUCCGAAACCGCUAACUGGAUCUCGGCUCACACCAAAGAAUGCCCCAAGUGCCAGUCGACGAUCGAGAAGAACGGAGGGUGCAAUCACAUGACGUGUCGUAAGUGUCGUCACGAGUUCUGCUGGAUGUGUAUGGGUCACUGGCAGGAGCAUGGCAACAGCUGGUACAACUGCAAUCGAUACGAGGAGAAAAGCGGCUCGGAAGCACGCGAUGCCCAGGCCAAGUCUCGGCAGUCUCUGGAACGGUACUUGCAUUACUACAACCGCUACGCCAACCACGAGCAGUCAGCGCGCCUCGACAAAGACAUCUACCUCAAGACAGAGAAGAAGAUGACGCAACUGCAGUCGUCGUCGGGCAUGUCCUGGAUUGAAGUGCAGUUCCUCGAAGGAGCGUCGCAGGCCCUCCAGCAGUGCCGGCAGACACUCAAGUGGACCUAUGCGUUCGCAUAUUACCUAGCGCGCAACAACCAGACGGAGAUCUUCGAAGACAACCAGAAAGACCUGGAGAUGGCGGUCGAGAACCUGAGCGAGAUGUUCGAGAAGCCGGCGGACCAGCUCAAAGAUCUCAAGGGGGAUAUGAUGGACAAGACGUCGUACUGUAACAAGCGCCGGAUCAUCCUACUGGAAGUGACCGCCGAGCGAUUGAAACAAGGUGAGAGUCACCGCUCGGACUUUGGGACCAGUGAGGCUAACUCGCGGGCAGGCGCUUGGGAGUUUAAUACGGAUUUAUCGGCAUAA